GGCGCUAUUCAGUUCCAUUGCGUUGGUCCUUUUUAUUGGUCAAAUCGGCGGUGCGCUAACUCUUUCCUGAGGAAUCGUGGUCAAAAGAGAAAGCACUUCCUGCUUUAGUGCUUUUUUUCGGCUUCUUCCCCCACUCGCCAAUCCACUCCCGAUAUUCUCGAUCUCGCAAUGGGCGAGUCUCGCGGCUUCUCUUGGCUGGUCAAGUCAUGCAUAGCCGAUUCCUGCCGGGAAAUAGCCCGAUCGCCGGUGGCCAACCACCGCCACCAUAAUGAAUUCAUUUCCUCCGACGCUUCCUGUCUGUAUGCCCCUAUCUUCACCCUCCCCGACGAUCUCCUCUUCGAGUGCCUCUCCAGGGUUCCUCUCUCUUCCCUCCCCUCCCUAUCCCUUGUGUGCCGUCGCUUCGCGCUCCUUCUUGAAAACCCGGCUUUUCAUGAUCUCCGCCGUUCCCGCGGCCGACUACGCCGCACCCUAUUCGCCAUUUGCGUUUCUGAUCUCGGCUUCAUCACUUCUGCCGCCCUCCCCGUCCCCUUUCCCGCCCACCUCGAUCCCUCCUGGAAUCCCUUCGCCACCCCCAUUUCAUUUUCUCCUGAUCUCGCCGCAGGCGCCUUCUCCCAACCACGCCUCGCUGCCAUGGGCCGUGCCAUAUACAUUAUCGGUCGUGGGGCCACUCUGCGAUACGACUCUUUGACCGGCGCCGUCACCUUCCGUGCGCCGACCAUCUUCCCUCGCAAGAAGUUCGCGGCGGCUGUGAUCGGCUGUCGGAUCUAUGUAUCGGGAGGCGCUACCCGCACAUCCGCCGUGGAAGAGUAUAAUCCGGACGUGGAUGAGUGGCGGGUGGUUGCGGAGGCUCCAAGACGGCGCUACGGCUGUGUCGGGGCUGCCGCCGGUGAGAUUUUCUAUGUGAUUGGAGGUCUACGUGUGGGAAGCCGGAUGGAGGAAGAGGAAGAGUCGCGGGGCGCACGCACGUGUGCGGGCUCGAUGGAUGCAUACCACGUGAGGGCCGGGAUGUGGCUGCGGGUGCGAGCGGUGGUGCCGGGCGGUGGCUGCGUAGUGGGGGCGUGCGGGUCGGGGGCGCACGUCUACGUCCUCGCCAGCCACGCUGUGGAGCUUUCGUUCUGGCGGUGGGACGGGAAGGGACGGCGAGGAGGGGAUUGGACGCGACUUGAACCGCCUCCUUUGGCCUGGCAACUCCGGCUCGGCGGCGCAGUGCAUUUCUCGUGUACGAGUAUUGGCGAUACGAAGCUGGCGGCGCUCGUCCACGCCUCCGCGAGCCAUGGGGGAGAUCUGGGCAGAAGGUCGAGGGGCUUGGAGGCGGCACUUCUCGUCUACGACAUCGGAGCCGACGAGUGGUCUCGUGGGUCGGAUCUCCCGCGUGGCUUACGCCGUGCUGCUUGUGCUUGUGUCGAGUGCUAGCACUGCCUACCUGAGCAUUGCUUGGUGCGCCAUGAAUGGGUCAGAGCUAGCAUAAGCAUUUCUCUGGCAAAAAUCUGAACUUUUUUAUUUGCUGUUGCGGUCCCAAGUGGAUGUCUGGCUGAUUUUGUAAUUGGGAUUUGUGUUCUUUCGAUUGUUGCCAUUUGCUGCAUAAGGGAGCUAUCUGUAUGGAGUUUAUCUGAAUUUAACUCCCAAUUCCUAACUCUUUUGUCUUGAAUAUUUUGUAUUGUUGGUUUCAUAAAUAGAAAUUAUAUUUGUGCUU